AUGUCUCCUGGAUCUUGGUGGCACUGUUCUGUCAUGAACCACUUCAACUGCAAGAUCCUGACUGUCCUGAAGUUGGUCUGUGCUGACAUUUCAAUCAAUGUGAUCAGCAUGGGCGUGGCCAAUGUGAGCUUCCUGGGGGUCCGGGUUCUGUUCGUCUUCACACUCACCACCAUCCUGAGGAUCCCCUCCGCUGAGGGGAGGAGGAAGGCCUUCUCCACCUGCUCUGCCCACCUCACUGUGGUCAUCGUCUUCUAUGGGACCAUCCUCUUCAUGUACGGGAAGCCCAAGUCCAAGGACCCCCUGGGGGCAGACAAGCAGGACCUUGCAGACAAGCUCACCUUCCUCUUCUAUGGGGUUCUGACUGCUGAGAGGACCUUCAUAUUCAAGAAACAUUUUACCCAGUGGUGGUGGCAAGGUCCCCUAUGGUUGCCACGCACAGAAAAGAAAGGAUAG